AUGCCUUUCAUGACAACUAUGCAACUUCUGUGCGUCUUUCAGGACUGUCUUAUACCUCUCUUCAAUGAUGCUUUGAGGUCAUGCAAACAACAUGAUGUAAGGCCAUGGAUGCAUGCACUGAGGUACACAGUGUAUCAGAAUCAAUUGAUGGAAAAACUUAAAGAACCAACAGUCCCAAUUAAAAGCCAUCUAAUGGAGCUGGGCUUAACAGCAGCAAAAUUUGCACGGAAGCGAGGAAAUAUUGCCCUAGCUACACGACUGCUUGCCCAGUGCAGUGAAGUUCAGCUAGGAAAAACCACCACUGCACAAGACUUAGUCCAGCACUUCAAAAAAUUGUCUGCACCAGGUCAGAUAGAUGAAAAAUGGGGUCCUGAACUUGAUAUCGAGAAAACAAAGUUGUUAUACACAGCAGGUCAGUCAACACAUGCCAUGGAAAUGCUGAGUUCCUGUGCCAUAUCCUUUUGCAAAUCUGCCAAAGCUGAAUAUGCAGUUGCUAAAUCUAUUCUCACACUGGCUAAAUGGAUUCAAGCAGAAUGGAAAGAGAUUUCAGGACAGUUGAAACAAGUAUAUAGAGCUCGACAGCAGCAGAAUCACACUGGACUGUCAACCUUGUCUAAAAACAUAUAUAAUUUGAUUGAUCUCCCAGCUGUUAAUACACUAGAAGAAGAAUAUCCUAGGAUUGAAAGUGAAUCUACAGUGAAUAUUGGAGUUGGAGAGCCUGACUUCAUCUUGGGACAGCUGUAUCACUUGUCUUCAGUACAGGCACCUGAAGUAGCCAAGUCUUGGGCAGCCCUGGCUAGUUGGGCUUAUAGAUGGGGCCGGAAAGUAGUUGAUAAUGCCAGUCAGGGAGAAGGUGUUCGUCUGCUGCCCCGGGAAAAAUCUGAGGUUCAGAACUUGCUUCCAGACAACAUUGCGGAGGAAGAUAAAGAGAAAAUCUAUGGGAUUCUUGGGCAGGCAGUGUGUCGUCCAGCUGGGAUUCAAGAUGAAGAUAUGACUCUACAAAUCACUGAAAAUGAAGACAAUGAAGAAGACGAUAUGGUGGAUGUUAUAUGGCGUCAGUUAUUAACAAGUUGUCCCUGGCUUUCAGAUCUUGAUGAAAAUGCAACAGAAGGGUUAAUUAAAGUGUGGAGGAAAGUUGUAGACAGAAUCUUCAGUCUCUAUAAACUCUCCUGCAGUGCAUACUUUACUUUCCUCAAACUCAAUGCUGGUCAGGUUCCACUUGAUGAAGAUGAUCCCAGGCUGCACUUAAGAAAUACUUCUGAGCAAAGCACUGAUGAUGUUAUUGUGAUGGCAACCCUAAGACUGUUACGAUUGCUUGUGAAACAUGCUGGAGAACUUAGACAGUAUCUAGAGCAUGGGCUAGAAACUACACCUACUGCUCCUUGGAGAGGUAUUAUACCUCAGCUUUUCUCCCGCCUGAAUCACCCAGAAGUGUAUGUUCGUCAGAGUAUUUGCAACUUACUGUGUCGAGUGGCUCAAGAUUCUCCUCAUCUCAUACUAUAUCCUGCAAUAGUGGGUACCAUUUCACUUAGCAGUGAAUCCCAGACUUCAGGAAACAAGCUGCCUUCUGCCAUCCCUACUUUGCUAGGUAAUAUUCAAGGAGAAGAACUGUUGGGUGGUGAAUGUGAUGGAGGGAGCCCCCCAGCUUCUCAAGAAAGUAGUAAAGAUGACACAAAAGUUGGAUUAAAUGAAGAUCAAGCAAUGAUGCAAGAUUGUUACAGCAAAAUUGUGGAGAAACUCUCUGCUGCAAAUCCAACAAUGGUAUUGCAGGUUCAGAUGCUAGUGGCUGAGCUGCGCAGAGUUACAGUUCUUUGGGAUGAACUGUGGUUGGGAGUUCUAGUGCAGCAGCACAUGUAUGUCCUCAGAAGGAUUCAACAACUGGAAGAUGAAGUCAAGAGGGUCCAAAACAACAACACUUUACGGAAGGAGGAGAAGAUAGCAAUCAUGCGUGAAAAGCAUACAGCUCUAAUGAAGCCCAUUGUAUUUGCUUUGGAACAUGUACGGAGCAUCACUGCAGCUCCUGCAGAAACUCCUCAUGAGAAAUGGUUUCAGGAUAACUAUGGAGAUGCAAUUGAAAAUGCACUAGAGAAACUUAAGAAUCCUUUGAAUCCUGCUAAACCUGGAAGCAGCUGGCUCCCAUUUAAAGAGGUUAUGCUAAGUUUGCAGCAAAGAGCACAGAAACGGGCUAGUUACCUUUUACGUCUUGAAGAAAUCAGCCCUUGGUUGGCUGCCAUGAUGAGCACUGAAAUAGCACUUCCUGGAGAAGUAUCUACUAGAGACACAGUCACAAUUCAUAGUGUGGGCAGCACCAUCACAAUUCUGCCUACCAAAACCAAACCUAAAAAGCUGCUUUUCCUGGGUUCAGAUGGGAAGAACUAUCCCUAUCUGUUCAAAGGUUUAGAAGACUUGCAUCUAGAUGAAAGAAUCAUGCAAUUCUUAUCAAUUGUGAACACAAUGUUUGCCACAAUUAACCGUCAAGAGACACCAAGGUUCCACGCGAGGCACUACUCUGUGACACCUCUGGGAACGAGAUCGGGCUUGAUCCAGUGGGUGGAUGGAGCUACACCUUUGUUUGGUCUUUACAAGCGGUGGCAACAGCGAGAAGCUGCUUUACAAGCACAAAAGGCUCAGGACUCUUACCAGACUCCUCAGAAUCCUGGAAUAGUGCCUAGACCCAGUGAGCUUUACUACAGUAAAAUUGGGCCCGCAUUAAAGGCGGUUGGGCUUAGUCUUGACGUGUCACGUCGUGACUGGCCCUUGAAUGUCAUGAGGGCUGUUCUAGAAGAACUGAUGGAAGCAACUCCCCCAAAUCUUCUAGCUAAGGAGCUCUGGUCAUCAUGUACUACACCGGAUGAAUGGUGGAGAGUUACACAGUCGUAUGCAAGAUCCACUGCAGUUAUGUCCAUGGUUGGCUACAUCAUUGGUCUUGGAGACAGACAUCUGGAUAAUGUUCUUAUAGAUAUGACUACAGGAGAAGUUGUCCACAUAGAUUAUAAUGUUUGCUUUGAAAAAGGGAAAAGCCUUAGGGUACCAGAGAAGGUUCCGUUCCGGAUGACGCACAAUAUUGAAACAGCACUUGGAGUGACAGGAGUAGAAGGGGUUUUCAGGCUUUCUUGUGAACAGGUCCUUCAUAUUAUGCGGCGUGGGAGAGAGACUUUGCUUACAUUGCUUGAAGCUUUUGUUUAUGAUCCUCUGGUGGACUGGACAGCAGGAGGCGAAGCAGGAUUUGCUGGAGCUGUCUAUGGUGGUGGUGGCCAGCAGGCUGAAAACAAACAAAGCAAAAGAGAAAUGGAAAGAGAUAUUACACGUAGUCUCUUUUCGUCAAGAGUGGCUGAGAUAAAGGUUAACUGGUUUAAGAACAGAGAUGAAAUGCUUGCUGUGCUGCCAAAAUUGGACAGUAGUUUAGAAGAGUAUCUGAACCUGCAAGAGCAGUUGACAGAUGUAGAAAAGUUGCAAGGAAAACUGGUGGAGGAGAUAGAAUUUCUGGAAGGUGCAGAAGGAGUGGAUCAUCCUUCCCACACGCUUCAGCACAGGUAUUCUGAGCACACACAGUUGCAGUCUCAACAAAGAGCUGUCCAGGAAGCAAUCCAGGUGAAGCUGAAUGAGUUUGAGCAGUGGAUAACACAUUACCAAACUGCUUUCAGUAAUUUGGAGGCAACACAACUUGCAAGUCUUCUCCAAGAAAUUAGCACGCAAAUGGACCUAGGUCCUCCAAGUUAUGUACCAGCAACAGCGUUCCUGCAAAAUGCAGGCCAGGCACAUCUUAUUAGUCAGUGUGAACAACUGGAAGGAGAAGUUGGUGCCCUUCUCCAGCAGAGAAGGUCCGUGUUACGUGGUUGUCUUGAACAACUGCACAACUAUGCAACAGUAGCUCUUCAGUAUCCAAAAGCUGUGUUUCAGAAGCACCGAAUAGAGCAGUGGAAAACCUGGAUGGAAGAACUCAUCUGUAACAUGACAAUUGAGCGUUGUCAGGAUAUCUUUAGGAAGUAUGAAAUCCAAUAUGCUCCUCAACCACCUCCAAGUAUGUGUCAGUUCAUAACUGCUACAGAAAUGACUCUACAGCGCUAUGCAGCAGAUAUAAAUAACAGACUUAUCAGGCAGGUGGAGCGUUUGAAACAGGAGGCAGUUACUGUACCUGUUUGUGAAGAGCAGCUGAAAGAAAUUGAACGUUGCAUAAAAGUUUUCCUUCAUGAAAAUGGAGAGGAGGGCUCGCUGAGCUUAGCAAGCGUUAUCAUCUCUGCUCUUUGUUCGCUGACGAGGCGAAAUCUGAUGAUGGAAGGUGCAGCAUCUAGUGCUGGAGAGCAACUGGUUGAUUUGACUUCAAGAGAUGGAGCCUGGUUCUUGGAGGAGCUUUGCAGCAUGAGUGGGAAUGUUACCUGCCUUGUGCAGUUGCUGAAGCAGUGUCAUCUUGUACCCCAGGACUUAGAUAUUCCUAACCCAAUUGAAGCAUCAGAAGCUGUCCACUUAGCAAAUGGAGUAUAUAUCUCACUUCAGGAAUUGAACUCAAACUUCCGACAGAUCAUUUUUCCUGAAGCGCUUAGGUGCUUAAUGAAAGGAGAGUAUACUUUAGAAAGUAUGCUCCAUGAAUUAGAUAAUCUUAUUGAACAAACAACUGAUGGAGUCCCUUUGCAAACAUUGGUUGAAUCUCUUCAAGCCUACUUACGAAAUGCUGCUAUGGGACUAGAGGAAGAAACACAUACUCAUUACAUUGAUGUUGCAAGAGUACUUCAUGCUCAGUAUGGUGAGCUGAUUCAGCCAAGAAAUGGUUCAGUUGAUGAAACUCCCAAAAUGUCAGCUGGUCAGAUGCUUUUGGUAGCCUUUGAUGGAAUGUUUGCUCAAGUGGAAACUGCAUUUGGUUUAUUGAUUGAAAAGCUAAACAAGAUGGAAAUACCUGUUGCUUGGCGUAAGAUUGACAUCAUUAGGGAAGCCCGCAGCACCCAAGUUAACUUCUUUGAUGAUGACAAUAAUCGGCAAGUUCUAGAGGAAAUUUUCUUUCUGAAGAGACUGCAAACAAUCAAAGAAUUUUUCAGGCUCUGUGGUACCUUUUCUAAAACAUUGUCAGGAAUCAGUUCACUUGAAGACCAGAAUGCAGUAAAUGGACCUGUUCAGAUUGUCAAUGUGAAAGCCCUUUACAGAAACUCUUGUUUUAGUGAAGACCAAAUGGCCAAACCAAUCAAGGCUUUUACAGCUGACUUUGUGAGACAGCUUUUAAUUGGCCUUCCAAAUCAAGCUUUGGGACUUACUUUGUGCAGUUUCAUCAGCGCUUUGGGUGUUGAUAUCAUUGCUCAGGUAGAGGCUAAAGACUUUGGAGCGGAAAGCAAAGUUUCUGUGGAUGACCUGUGCAAGAAAGCUGUGGAGCACAAUAUCCAAAUUGGCAAGUUCUCACAGUUGGUCAUGAACAGGGCAACGGUAUUAGCUAGUUCAUACGAUACAGCAUGGAAGAAGCAUGAUCUAGUGCGCAGACUUGAAACCAGUAUUUCAUCUUGCAAGACCAGUCUUCAGAGAGUACAGUUGCAUAUUGCUAUGUUCCAGUGGCAGCAUGAAGAUCUCCUAAUCAGUCGCCCACAAGCUAUUUCUGUUAGUCCUCCACCUCGAUCUGCAAUUUUAGCCAGCAUGAAAAAGAAACUUCACACGCUCAGUCAGAUUGAAGCUUCAAUUGCAGCAGUCCAGGAGAAACUAGCAGCACUUGAAGCAAGUAUUGAGCAGCGUUUAAAAUGGGCAGGAGGUGCUAAUCCUGCACUGGCACCAGUCUUGCAAGAUUUUGAUGCCACUAUUGCUGAAAGAAGAAACCUUGUACUGAAAGAAAGUCAAAGAGCAAGUCAGGUCACUUUCCUCUGCAGUAAUAUCAUUCAUUUUGAAAGUUUACGUACUAGAACAGCAGAAGCCUUAAAUCUUGAUGCUGCAUUAUUUGAACUUCUGAAACGCUGUCAACAAAUGUGCUCAUUUGCGUCACAGUUCAACAGUUCAGUUUCUGAGCUGGAACUUCGCCUGCUUCAGAGAGUGGGCACUGGUCUUGAACAUCCUAUUGGCAGCUCUGAAUGGCUUCACUCAGCUCACAAGCAGUUGACCCAGGAAAUAUCUACACAGAGAACAGUACAAACAGAAAGAGAACAGCAAAUAGAAACAGUUUGUGAAACAAUUCAGAAUCUGGUGGAUAGUAUUAAAACUGUACUCACGGGUCAUAACAGACAACUUGGAGAUGUCAAACAUCUACUGAAAGCUAUGGCAAAGGAUGAAGAAGCGGCUUUGGCAGAUGGUGAAGAUGUUCCCUAUGAGAAUAGUGUUAGGCAGUUCUUGGGUGAAUAUAAAUCGUGGCAAGAUAAUAUUCAGACGGUUUUGUUUACAUUAGUUCAGGUUAUGGGUCAAGUCCGCAGUCAGGAACAUGUUGAAAUGCUGCAGGAAAUAACUCCCACCUUGAAAGAACUAAAAACACAGAGCCAAAGUGUCUACAAUAAUCUAGUGGGUUUUGCAUCACCCUUAGUCACGGAUACAUCAAAUGAAUGCUCAAGCCCAACGUCAGCUGCUACAUAUCAGCCAACCUUUGCUGCAGCUGUACGUAGCAAUACAGGGCAGAAAACUCAGCCAGAGGUGAUGUCACAGAAUGCAAGAAAGCUAAUUCAGAAAAAUCUUGCCACGUCAGCAGAUACUCCUCCAAGCACAGUCCCAGGAACUGGCAAAAGUGUUGCCUGUAGUCCCAAAAAGACUGCCAGGGACCCGAAAACAGGAAAAGCUGUGCAGGAAAGGAAUUCAUACGCAGUUAGCGUGUGGAAGCGAGUCAAAGCCAAGUUAGAGGGCCGAGAUGUGGAUCCCAACAGGAGAAUGUCUGUUGCUGAACAGGUUGACUUUGUGAUUAAGGAAGCAACUAAUCUAGAUAACUUGGCUCAGCUGUAUGAAGGUUGGACUGCCUGGGUAUGAGUAGGGAGCAAGCAGAUCAGUCUGGUUCAGCGAGGUCAGACGUCCACCAGAAUCAACUCGGCCUCAGGCAUCCAUAGCCGCACCACAGUCGGUGGUGAUGCAUACUGGGGCUUAAUCUGAGGAAACCUAGGAAAUCUCGGUGCACUGGGAAGUGAAUCCUGCAGGAUAGCUGCACUCAGGGAUACGCUAAACACAAUGGUCUGCAACCCCCACGGUCAAGGGUGAAAGCCCACCGCUUGAACAACACGGUUUGUCUUUCUGCUACGGAAGAACUGCAAACGUGUCUGGGGGUUAGCUGCAGAAAGAAAUCGGGAUGCUACAAACCGCAGAGUGAUUUGGAACUCAAUUCCACCUGACCCUGUGAACAAUUCAGGAAACACCGAACCCUGUUCAAAGGAAAACAGAAAAAAUGGGGCCAUGAAGAAAUCACAGCAAGGGAAGAUUUGAUGCAUUCAGAUUCUUGUUACUCUUGUUGCGUGGCAACAGUGCUGGUUGAGUCGACCAGUUAGUAUGGAAAAAGGCUACAAAAUGUAAACUUCAGAAAUGGACUGAAAGCAAAGAGCUGUACAUCAGAUAUACGCUGCAUUGGAAGAACUUCUGAGAUAGAAGAAAAAGCCUUUGUUCUCUUCUCCCUGUCCUCUUUCCUUUCUCUCCUCCCUCCCAGCCUCUCCCUGCAGACACCCCUCUUGGCUUAUUCUUGUAGGUUAGGCGUACUUCCAAUAUACCUUUUAUUUCAAUCCUUCUACUUCACAGUUUAGUCAUAUUAACAACUUAAAUUUUGUUUGGUAAACAAAUUUUCCAAAAGCACUGAAAAUAUAGAACAUCAAUGAUAACUUAUGAGUUGGAUGGUCAAAUGCAAAAUGUAAUUUUGGUUAUUUUAAAGUCAUUUCUGUGAUUCUAUUAUGUACAGUUUCUCAAAAUUGUCACUGUGCAUUUAAAAAGUAAUGAAUCCUACAGGCAUUUGAUUUAAUGUGCACUUCCCUCUGCUUGCAGUGUACACUUUUUUGUAAUUCAAAUUGUCCCUCCAAUCUCAUUCUACUGUGAUUGCUGUAGUUUCUUUCGUACGACGUAGCUAAUCCAAUGUAAUCUGUACCUUUUUAAAAAACAGGAUAGAGUAUCUAGUAGAGUUUUACAUUGUUGAUGACAGAUAAACAAUAAAGUGAUGUUCUGGUGGA